GUUUUGUAUCAUUGGGAUAUCAUAAGGUUUUUGGAUUCAAAUAACAAAAACACAUUACAUUACAAUAAUACAUUGUAAUGGCUUCACAAACAAUCUCUUAUGUUGCUUUUUUCUUGUUACUAGGUUUAGGGUUAUCCUCGGCCACUCGAGCUCUCCUCACUUAUGAUCAUGUAGGAGGAUAUGCCGGUGGUGGUGGUGGUGGUAGUGGUUCUGGUGGUGGAGUUGUUUAUGGUUCGGGUAGUGAGCAUGCUGGUGGGUAUGGCGGUGGAGGUGGUGAAGGAGGCAGUGCAGCAUAUGGUGGUGCUGGAGCUGGAGCUCAUGCUGGUGGAGGCGGUGGUGGUAGUGGUGGUGGUGGAGCAUACAGUGCAGGAGGAGGGCAUGCAGGUGCUUAUGGAGGUGGAGAAGGCGGAGGCCAUGGUGGAGCUAGUGCAAGUGGUGGGAGUGCUUAUGGUGGUGGUGCCGGUGGUGGAAGUGGUGGAGGUGGUGCUUAUGGCGCAGGAGGAGAACAUGCUGGAAGCUAUGGUGGGGGUCAAGGUGGAGGCCAUGGUGGAGCUUACGCCUCUGGUGGUAGCGGUGCAUAUGCUGGUGGUGCCGGAGGAGGUUCUGGUGGAGGUGGUGCUUCAACUGCAGGAGGAGAGCAUGCCGGAGGGUACGGAGGUGGUGAAGGUGGUGGCCAUGGAGGAGCUUAUGCUGGAGGUGGUGCUGGUGCAUACGGUGGUGGUGGUGGAAGCGGUGCUGGCGGUGCUGGUGCUUAUGGUGGUGGUAGUGAAGUUGCAGGUGGUGGAUAUGGUAGUGGAGGAGGAGCAGGUGGUGCUGCUGCAGGAGGAGGGCAUGCAUAUGGUGCAGGUGGCGGAGGCGGCUCAGGAGGAGGUGGUGCCGCCUAUGCUGGUGGUGCUCAUGCAGGUGGAUACGGUGGUGGUGCUGGAGGUGGUGAAGGAGGUGCCCAUGGUGGGUAUCCUUGAGACCUUGACUGCAUAUAUUGUAUUAGCAUACAAUACAAUCAAGAAUCUAAAUUCAUCGAUCAAGAUUAAGUAUUAUAAUCAAGUAUUAUUAUUUAUGUGGAACGAAGUAUUUUGUUUAAGAAUUCGGAUUUAUUAGGCAAUUGUUGUAAGAGCCUGAAGGACAUUGCCAGAUUUCUAUAUGUAACGUGUAAUCUUAUACGAACUUCAAUACAAUUAUUCAAGUUUCCAUAA